CCACCAAACCCUGCAAAAAAUUCUUCCUCCUCAACCAUGUUUCUGCACUGUAGUGAAACCAAAUAAGAGAGGAGAGAGAGAGAGUAGGAUACAAAAUUGUUUGGUGAGUGGUAGAAUGGAUGAGAGAGAUAGAAAGAAGAUGAAAAUGGAGAAGCAAGAAGAGGAGAAGAUGGAGAAGUUGUACACAUUGCUUAAAAAUGCGAGGGAGAUGCGGAAGCACGUCAUCAGCUCCAUGGAGAAGAAGAGGCAAGAAGAAGAAAGAGCGAGGGUUCACAGAUUCCCUUCGUUUCAGCCAGAGGAUUUCAUUUUCAAUAAUGAAGCAGAGGCCAACAACAAUGAGAACGCAGCAGGUAAUGCAAGCUCUUCAACUUCCAACAAGUACGGCUCUAAGGAAGAGAAAGAGGAAGCUGAGACUAACGUUUGUUUAGACUUGAAUCUUUCUCUGUAGUAGACGAGACACUAAAUUGCUAGUAACAAUAAGAAAUGUGCCUUUGGAUUCUAAUUUUGCUUGAAUGGGAGAUGACACGAAUAUGCAAACGAGCUAUUAACUGCAUCAUGUUGCCUGAUGCAUAAUCAACCAAACCUUUGAUC